GCGUGCUUUGUUUUAAAAGGUAUCCGAACAUUCAAACAAAUUGAUGCUUCAGACGGCCCGUCGUUCCUUAUCAAAAGCAGCGGAAACCGGAACACAGCAGCAACAGCAGCAGCUUGGGCCCCUUAUUGCUACAGGAUUGCGUUCGGAAUUCACCCCCUUAUGGCCUACACCACUUCCCCCAUGCUUUCCAAGAAAUAAAGGCAAGCACACGCUAGUAUUAGACAUCGAUGAAACGCUAAUUCACACCUUUGGAAUGGCUCACCACAAGCUCCACUCAAGCACUGAGGGGGUGAAUCAUGCAAAACUAGUUGACUACCACAUCCUUCUUCGACCACAUCUGAAGGAAUUUCUUCUAGAAGUUAAUGAACUCUUCGAAGUAGUCUUUUGGACAGCCGGCACCGCAUCUUACUGUAGCGCUGUUAUAGACGCAUUAGAAACGCAAGUGCUGCAAUUAUCGCCAUCUUUUUAUAAUUAUAAAAGAGUGUUAAAUAUGAAUAAAUCUGACGAAGAUAAAACGGUUCAUGCAAACUUUUACUCACUAUCACGCACCCAAACAUUAGAAGAUCACGGCUAUAUGAAGUAUCUUCCCAUACUCGGGAGACCAAUCAAUAACGUUGUGAUAGUGGAUGAUAACGUGAGAAGUUUCCCACUGACACCAAGAAAUGCUAUCAAAGUACCCCCUUUCGAAGUCAAUGACUCAAUUGUGCAAAACUAUAUGUAUGCACUAAGCCAAACUAAGGAAGCGUCGAUCAAUAUAGGGAAUUUGGAUGAAACGAUGCUCAAAUUUCUAAAAACAGGAAUGAAAGAAAUAGCAAGGAUGGAAAAAGAUCAUGCUCUACUGGACAUCCUCCCGGUUCUUCGAGCCGUUGUCUCGGUUCCACCAGACGGAAAUGUAAGAAAUGAACUGGAUCACUGGAGAGAUCUAAACUACGUGAAGUGCGAUCACUUUAUAGAAACCAUGAACCCAAUCACGGUUACGAGGCAACAGAUUCUCGGAACGGUCCUGCCGUCACGCAGACAAGAGCCCAUUCCACCAUUUAAACAGCACUAUAUGAAUUGUAUGUUUGAAGAAGAAGCCAAUGCCAAACUGCAACUACAAUCCACGCGUAUCGGUUCUAGAUUAUAGGCAUUAUCAUAUUAAAAUCAAUCAUAAAUCUUAGUGACAUAGUAGAAGAUGAAAUAAUAAGCCUUAAGAAUCGCUUACAGGUGACUUCUCAAUUUUCUCUGUAGCUGUGCAAGUGAAAGUGUGUGGCAUCUCUGUUCUUUGACGAUUUCGAUCUAAAUAAGUAUUCUUUAAUGAAAUCAUGCAGUAAAAGUAUACAAUUUAGUGUCAUCUUGUGUAAAUAAUAUUCAAUGAAUAAGAGAUAA